AUGAUAUUGAAUAGACAGAGAUCUGUUUUUGGGAGGUCUUUGCGAUCUCCCCAUACGUGUCUACCAUGCAUACCCAUAAGACACAAACAGACAUCUGCCUACAAGGCCUUCCUGGAAGAAGCCAAGAAGAAGAAAGACAAGGAGGAAAACGAGAGAAAGUACCAAAAGAAAAAAUCCACCAAGGCAUUUAAGUUCACCUCCUCGGCUUUUAUAUUUGUCGCUACACUUGGUGUUGGUUAUUCGCAGGGCCGUUUGCAGGUAUUGAACCAGCCUCCGAAGAGCCUGUUCCCAGAAACAUCAACCGCCCCGGUAGAUGACAUACGAUCGCCUUAUUAUGCCAACGAGGGUGAAUUUGAAAAAGCCUGCAAGCUGAUAGAGAGGGUUGUAGGGCCAAAUGGCUUCACCGACUCUGAUGCCGAGAUUAACGGCCACGCUGACUCCUAUUAUAGUUGCAUGCACCCCGAGCCGGAUCAGAAGCCGGAUUUGGUGGUGUAUGUGCGGUCUACCGCUCAGGUCUCGAAAAUUAUGGACAUUUGCCACAGAUUUAAUGUUCCUGUUGUUCCUUACUGUGGUGGUACUUCGAUUGAGGGCCAAUAUAUCUCCACAAGAGGGGGGAUAGUGCUUGAUUUUUCUAAGAUGGCUGAUAUAGUGAAGUUCAACGAGGAAGACAGAACUCUCACAGUUCAGGCUGGAGCCACAUGGCAGGAUUUGGAAGAGUUUCUGAAGCCAAGUGGGUUACUUUUUGGUCCGGAUCCAGGACCCGGUGCUCAGAUCGGAGGAAUGGUUGCUACCAGUUGUUCUGGAACCAACGCUUAUCGAUACGGGACCAUGAAGGAGAACGUGGUCUCACUGAAAGUGGUUCUAUCAGAUGGAACUGUAGUAGACACGGGUUCUUCCAACUCAGGUUACGAUCUCACUAGGCUGAUUGUGGGGAGUGAAGGAACCCUCGGACUUGUUACGGAAGCCACUUUGAGGCUUGCUCCAAGACCCAAAGCUGAGACUGUUGCACUAGUGUCCUUCGAUAACGUUUUCAAUGCUGUUCAGGCUGCCCAGGAUAUUAUAUCGCGGGGGAUCCCAUUGAAUGCGAUUGAGCUUUUGAAUGCCAAAAGCGUCUUCUACGUCAAUCAGUCUGGAUUAUUGCACAAAAAGCUAGAGGAAAAACCCACGCUCCUUAUGAAGAUUGGAGGGGCCUCGCAAUCGUUAUUAGAUGAGACGGUCAAGAUCACUCGGAAGAUCACAAAAACCCACAACGAGACCGCGUUCAAGUUUGCAUCCAACGAAGAGGAAAUGGACCAAUUGUGGAUGGCCAGAAAAGUGCUUUAUUGGUCAAACCUAGAGUAUGCCAAGAAAGCUGCCGGUCCAGAUGUGAAUGCCUGGACCACCGAUGUUGCUGUGCCUAUAUCGGCUCUUCCCAAGAUGGUUGAUCAGUUUGAAAAAGAACUAGAUAAGUCCGGGAUUAUCGGAAGCAUCAUUGGCCAUGUUGGCGACGGAAAUUUCCAUGCUUUAUUGAUGUAUACGCAAGACCAAAAAGAAGCUGCAACCAAUCUCGUUUCGCGAAUGGUUGACCAGAGCUUGAAGCUGGAGGGAACCAGCACCGGAGAGCAUGGAAUUGGCUACCACAAAAGAGAGUUUCUGAUCGAAGAGGUUGGCCAAACCUCGGUAGACACCAUGCGGAAACUCAAGAUGGUGCUUGACUCCAAAAGAAUACUCAACCCGGACAAGGUGAUUGUGGUUGAUCGUUCUGAGCCGCAGCCCGAUAGAAGUGAAUAG